CGCUAAAUUCAACCCUCAACUCUUUCUUAUUUUCCUCCAAUCCAUCAUUAUCAUACUUUUUUUUCUAAAAAAGACAAAUAAAUAAAUUAAAUUAUUAACAAUAAAUUUUAGUGAUUGAAAUCGAAUUGAACCAAAUAGAAAUCCUCCCCCAAUGACUUCCUUAGUCCUUCCUGUUCCUUUCCUUCUUCUUCCCGCUGAAGCAGUAAUUUCACUGCCAUAAAAACCCACUCACACUCGGUUUCCCCCGCAGACCGCACACGCUCUCCCCUUCUCCGCCACUUGCUCUUUAAUUAACUCGCCCUUCCGUCCUAUUCCACCGGUUUCCGUCCUCUCUCCACCCCGAUUCCCACAUCGCUACAAAUCCAGAUUCUCCCUCUUCUUUCACCGAAUCACGUUUCUCUGGGGACUAUAAACAAGGAUAUAGUCUUUUUCUGUUGGGUUUUUUCCUUACCCUGCUCUGCUUCACUGUCACGAUUAGCUGGAAUUGCGAGGCUCUUUGUCUUUGUGGGUGGCGGCUAGAUUAGUGAGAGUGUGAGAGAGAAAAGGCAUCUAGCGAGUGGGGUUUGAGAUUUGGAGGAGGAGGAGCUGGCUGUGGGGACGCUCGAGGGAGGGGACGACAACAACGCCCACGAUCUGUUUGGUUUUAUUCCUCUUAGAAGAAGACUAGGGAGGUGGUUUUUUCGAUUUUUGAGUGACAAUCAAUCAUGCCAUCAGGUGCGAAGAAGAGAAAAGCUGCUAAGAAAAAGAAGGAACAGCAGGCCUACCACCACCAUCCCAAUGGGAACAACCCACAAGGUCAGCCCUGGUUUUACUACCCUUUCUCUCUUUUUUAUUCCAGCAAAAAGAUCUACUAAAUUUCGAUCCAUGCCCUUGUGUUGGGGUUGGGAAGGAGGAACCAAUCAAUCACUCCCCUUUCCACGCCUUGAUUAUCUGUCAUCCAAUCAUACUUUCCGUCGCUGGCCUUUAUAUGUCGGCCCUUCUCUCUGUUAGUUGUUCGUGGCGGUGGAUGAGCGGGUUCUGGGUUCCUUAGCCGCCAUUGCUCUGGGAUUGUUGUGUUUUUUUUGGGCUCACCGGGUUUCUGUUCAAUUCCGGGAAGAUGGGUAUUUGCUAGCAGCUUCCUUUGACUUGGUUUGAUUGGGAGGUCUUGGGUGGUUUUGACGAGGGUUUUGACGAGGUUUUUUUAUUAGGAUAGGUGGGUAGUUGAAAAGUUGCUAUCGUGCUAGAUCUUAAUACUGAAUCUCUACUGGAGGGAUGUGCGGAACUCUCUUGUCCUUGAUUUCCGGCCAUUCUUGAUGUUCUCUGUUAGCGUAUAGGUCAAUCAUCUUGAUAUUUAUCUCCAUUUUAUGGGGUGCUUUAUGUCUGAUUUCCUUGUGUGAAGUGCACUCCGUCUGUUGCAUAUAACCCAAUACUAUUCGGACUUACUGCUGAUUUUAAGUGCUUGGCUGUGAUGAGUCUGUUUUAAAUAACUUAGAUUUGCCAAUCAUUGCUAGUACCAGGAAACUAUGACCUAGUCUUUGGCAUUGUCUUUUUAUCUGUGAUCUGAAUAGAGGGUUCAUGUUCUUGAAUCCGAUUCAGCGUUGCUUUCUCCCUUGCCCGUGUAUCAAUCAUGAGUACUAUUACUUCAGGAUAACUAUAGUUUGGAAGUCCUUUGUUGCUCCUAAUUUCUUGUCUUCUCAAUUCAAAUGAAUGCAGGAAACGGUGAUCAAAAAGUUGAAGAUGAGAGGGACAGUGAUAUCUCUGAGUUGAAUUCCCCAGGAUCAGAAGGGAACCCUCAUCAUCAGGAUACAUUCAGGGAGGGCAAUGGAUUACCCGAAAAAACUGGGAUGGCUGCUGAGAACCAAAUUGCAGAGAAUCCAAAUGGAGAAGCUGGACCAAGUGAUGAAGCUGGACACCAUGACGAUGUAGUGAUUAAGAGGGAGGGAGAUGAGAAGUCUUCUGAUCAGGAAGUUAAGAGCCGUGAUGUUACCAUUGAGCACAUAGAUUCUGGAAAGUCCUCUGAUGGUGACAGAAGCUCAACUAGCAGCAGCAGUUCUUCUGAUGAUGAAUCCUCAACAGUUCAGGAUAAGCAUAAAGAAGUGGUGAUACAAGUUUCUGAAGCACAACAGCAACCACCCAACGAAGUUAUCACUGAGAUGGAAUCUGCUGAAGUUGUGAAUCCUGAGGUUAUUGAGAUAGUGAAAGAUCAUGAGGUGAAGUUGCCCACAUCUUAUCAGUCUAAUGAAGUGCUAUUGCCUUCGGAUUCUGGUAAAAAUCAAGAAGUUUUCCCUACAUCAGAUCAGAAUGUUGAGGUGAUUGUGACUAGUAAAACUGUGAGUGAAGAUAAAACAACAACAUCAUUAGGUUCUGCUACUGAAACCAGUAUUCAUCAGGAUGCUUCUACUGAAACCGGUGUUGAUGCGGUCUAUGCUAAAGACACCAAGAUUUCUGAAUCAAUCGAGAAACAGCCUCUUGUGACCAACAAUGCUCCACGUUUAGCCCAACGAACCUCCUGGUUUAGCUGCUGUGGCUUAUUGGAUGCGGUUUCCAGUCCCGAUCGGUGAUGCCAGACACAAAGCAGGAUGAAUCUUGGGCAGGCAAUUGGGAAGAUUUGUUCCAGCUAGGAGUUAAGUCUUUUUGCGAAAGGGAAAAGGAGGGUAAAUGAAUUUUCUGAAUAAAGAACGAGGAACAUAUUAUAGAGGGAAGCUUUUCAUUUUGUUACAAGGUUUUAGAAAAAUAGCUAGGUGCUGCUUAGUUUUACCAUACAGACCAUGUCUUCCCUCCAAGGGUGUGUGCUGAUUGUUCAGUGGUGUCAAUAGAACAGAGUGUUUGUUGUAUCUGCUUCGUUUAUAUGAUUGUCAUUGACGCUUGUUUCAUCAUCGGAAAUGGUACCAUCUUUAUCAGCUACUUGCCUCCUUCGUUAGAAGGCAGCUGCAACUAGAGUUGUGCAAAGCUUUGAUUCACAUUAGUCGAUUUUGGCCAAAUCAACUUUUGGAUCGAAUGGAAUGGGGCCAGAUUUUUGCUUUGUGGUG